CAGGAUCGAACAAUGAAUUCUUGAAGGCACAUGAAGACUGCCUUAGUGUUUACAAUGACAUGCUUGAGGUUUACACUCGCCUCGUUAGGUGCGUUGCCAGUUCCAAAUAUUGACUCACUUUCUAAUAUCCAGCCAGGAAGGAUGACUCUUUAGGCCCAUCUGGCUCGGGUUAUUUUACCCAUCAAGCUCAAGAAGCAGUAAAGUCGGCUCUGAACAAGAGGCUUGUCAAACCGGAUACUACUGCCCAAAAGGAUACCAUGUCCAACAGCGAGAAAACCCCUGUCGCGGAGAAAGAAGUAGCACCACCUUCGUAUUCAGUGCCCGCAUCAACGACGACAUCGCCGCCCAUAGCAUCGUCAUCAAUGUAUUCACCACCACUCGUUCAGAGCCCGGUAGACAACUGUCGCCGUCCCAAAGGUUCCUCAUUCUUUAGAGCUCUCACAUCAGGCUUCCGCAAACACGAUCCAUUGGUCUCAACGCUCUGCCAAGCCGCCACUCGUGGAGACGAGCAACAAGUCUCCGGCCUAAUCUCCCAAGCCGCAAACGUCAACGGUCGAAACGAAGACGGGGAUACACCACUAAAGUGCGCCAUAAGAUACGAUCAAGUUGGAACCGCGUGUCUUCUUCUACAAGCUGGGGCACAAAGCAACAAGCUACCGCCCUUAUUCAAGGCUGCUUCUGUUGGAAGUCUCAAGAUCGCCAGGAUGCUUAUCGAUUCUGGGGAGAGUGUACACGGCAAAUCAAAGACUGGAAAGCCCUACUUUGUUGAUGUUGUUGCUAAAGGCAACCUGGACGGUAUCAAGUUCCUCCUUGAGAAUGGCGCUCCAGUUAAUGCGAAAAAUGAGAGGCGAGAGGAAGUCAUUGUACAGGUCGUCAAGACGGACAACAUCGAGAUCACCCAUCUUCUUCUUGCCCACGGCGCCAACGCAAAUGCCAAGGAUGCAAUAGGCGAGGAGAUCAUCGUAUACGCUGUCAAAAAGGGCAACGUCGAACUCGCCAAUAUCCUCCUCGAUCACGGCGCCGAUCCCAAUGCCGAAAGUGCGAUCAAACAUUCCAUUCUCUACACAGCUGUCCAAAGCGGCAACGCCGAUAUGGUUGGACUACUCCUUGACAAAGGCGCAAGUGCGAAACUGUUGAAUGUUCUUGGCACGAGUAUUCUAGAGGCUUCAAUAGGAAUGAAGAGAUUCCAGAUCGUGAAGAAACUCAUCGAAGGGGGUGCCGAUGUUGAUGGGACAGAUGCGCUUCAGCAACCUAUUCUCAUUAAGGUUAUCAGAAAUCCAUUUUUGAACAACGACGAGAAGGUUGAGGUUAUGAAGAUGUUGAUGGCUAAUGGUGCGAGUCCUGAAACGGUUGAUAUAACCUUCGGUCUGCCAGCUAUUUGUCACGCUGUCGAAAUGCCCAGUACCCCGGUAGUGCAAGCGCUUCUGAGCCGAGCCGUCAACACCAAGGUUCGCAUGAUCUCGGGCCAAACGCUCCUCACAUACUCCAUCGACGUCAACCGCCAGAACACUGUUGAGGCGCUGCUAGCACAAGGUGUUGAUGUCAAUGAGGUCGAUGGACUGAACAGAACGCCUCUGAUGCUGGCGCUGAUGAAACUUGAUUACAACUUGACGUCGAAGUUGAUGGAUUACGGUGCUGAUCCUACAGCUAAAGAGAAUCAAGAAGCUGUCAAGUUCAUCAAGGCUGUUGGGAGAAAGGAUUUGCAGGAACUUCUUCGACCAAGGGAAGUUGAGGCAGGUCCCUCAACUCCGGCUGUUCGACAUGAGGCCGAGUUGCCUGCGUCUGAGGCUCCACCGCCUUCAUAUGAGCUUGUCGCUGGAAAGGUCUAAAUUUCCGAGGCGCUUGUG